AAAACUAACACACCCCCAUCCGUGAAUUAACAUUAAUGCGGAAAACGCUCCGUGUACAAACAUUUUGGCGCCCAAUGUGGGGCAUGUGUGUUAUGUUAAUUCUUCUGUGAACAAUUAAACUAAUCGCAAUCUACAAAGGCAACAAUUACAACAUUCGCUCGUCUCGCAGCUGCAAUCGAAAGCUCCGAAAACCGUAUCAGAAUUGUUCGUCUAGAUCGCGGGAUCGUUGUCCUCGCCUUGCUCUCGCCGUUCUCGUUUAAUUUUAUCAUUCGCUUGUCACCCACAACGCAUUCAACGGCGCUUGCAUUCUCGGUUCGUUCGCUUUGCAGCUACCUGCUUUGGUCUAUCGAUCAACGCAUUCUUUCUAUUGGAAUUCCACCGCUUCACUUUCGUUUUGCUUUCGUUGCCGCUGCUGGAACUUUUGCUUUUGCUUUCACCAUUGGAUUUGUGCUCUAGCUGCUGCUGCUUGCUGCGUUUUUUGUUGUUGUUAUUUUUGGAAGCUCUAGUUCUGUGUCAGCGUAAUUACACUACACAACAAAAUGACGACGCUCGAAGACUUAAAACGCCAACGGAGCAAUAUAAAACGAAAUAUAACUCGGAUCAAAUCUGUGGUAGAUGCUAAAUCGGAAACCCCGAUAUGCAAUGACGAGCUUCGCUAUCGGUUGAACAUCUUAGAAACGUAUUUCAAGAAUGUUUUAAGUGUCCAAGCUAAUAUUGAAGACCUUAGUCCGAAUGAUGAAGGACGGGCAGAUUUGGAGGAUACAUACAUAGCAAUCAAGCUAGCCAUAAAGGAAAAAAUGGGAGGAGAUCUGAACGCCAGCAUUGUUGCGCCGGACUACCACCCACCGCCAGUGAAGUCAUCGUUACCAAGGUUGUCGCUACCCACUUUCGACGGAACAUAUGCAAACUAUAAGAAUUUCAUUCACUCGUUCGAGCAAAUUGUUGUGCGUGAGUCUGGAUUGUCUAAUAUAGAAAAGUUUAAUAAUUUGCUGACCUGCCUCACGGGGCCGGCAUUAGAUACAAUUCAGGCAUUCCAGGUUACAAGCGAAAACUAUCCGAAGGCCCUAGCAAAACUCAAAAGCCGUUUUGAUAAUCCUACUCUUAUAUUUUUAGAAGGUAUUGAAGCAUUGUUUGCACUACAACCUGUGGAAAGGUCAAACAGUCAGCAGCUUCACAGCCUAGUGGAUAAGGCAUCCGCUAUAUUAAGCUCGCUGGAGUCCAUCGGCAAACCUGAGAACAUUGUUCACGCUAUGGUUAUAUAUAUUAUAAUGGAAAAGUGUGAUCAGCAAACUCGGAACAAGUGGAAGGAAUCGCAGGACUACAAAACUCUGCCAACCUGGCUAGCAUGCACACAGCUUUUGGAACGCCUCUGUCAGUUUCUCCAUUCGUCUGGAAACUCGGCUGCUACUUCGUCACAACGAAAGGCUGAAUCCAAUAAGUCAAAUCGUCAUUCUAAUCACCAAAUAAACUCGUCGUUUGCUAUCACUAAUCCGUCUUGUACACUUUGUUCUAGUUCUGGCCAUAAGAUCUCUAAUUGCGCUCAGUUCAAGGCUAUGAACAGCAACCAACGGUACGACAAUGCAAAACGCCUCAGUCUCUGCAUCAAUUGUCUUGGAAAUGGUCAUAGAGUGGCGCAAUGUUCAUCGACUCAUCGUUGCCGAUCCUGUAAUCGGAAUCAUCAUUCAUCUUUGCAUCACUCUCAGCCGCAACAGCCACCCCAAUCAUCAGCAGGACAAUCUUCAACUACUGAACCGGUACUCCAACCAGCGCAACCCUCCUGGCAAACGGCUCAUCAAGCUGCUUCACAUUCUCAUAUGGAGAUCGCAGCAGAUGAUCAAAUUUUGUUGGCAACAGCUAUGGUUUUGGUAAAGGAUGCCACAGCUUCGCCUUCGUCGUGAAAAACACCACAUUGGAAUUCGCAGUAUAGGAGACUCCCUUACUAGUUUGAAGGCUCGUACGACUACCUCUAUUAAGUCACGUACUUCCGGCUAUCAGCUCACUCUCCAGCUUGGAAUCACAUCCCAUAUUGCCUACCAGCCAGAUAGUGAGAUCGACAUAUCGAAUUGGAACCUACCAGCUAACACUCCAUUGGCUGACGAAUCGUUCUAUAGGACUAAACGUAUUGAUUUGUUACUGGGGACCGAAGCCUUCUAUGGAGCUCUAGCUGUUGGCCAGAUUCGCAUUGGUCCAAAUCUUCCCACUUUGCAGAAGACUCUUUUUGGUUGGGUUGUUGCUGGGAGGUACCAGCGGCAAUAUAACAGACAGCCACCAUUGUGCUUGGCGACUGUAGAAGAGUCGAUCGACAAGAAUUUGCAGCAAUUAUGGAAAGUGGACUCAUUUGUCGAUCCAAGCGCUAGAAUGCUCCCAAAUCAUCGUCGCUGUGAGGACCAUUUCAGGGACACAACACAUCAGGAUGCCAGUGGGCGGAUUGUCGUUCGCUUGCCAUUUCAAGAAGAUCCAAGUUGUCUUGAAAGUUCCUUAGAUACAGCUCGAACUCGAUUUUUUGCCAUUGAGAGACGUCUCGCUCGUCUACCGGAAAUUCGCUCGCAGUAUAUCUCGUUCAUGCAGGAAUAUGAAAGUCUCGGCCAUAUGUCCCUCGUACUGAAUCCUAACUUGGAAGAACCGAAUUAUUAUAUACCCCACCAUUUCGUUCUGAAACCAAGCAGUACCUCGACGAAGCUCAGAGUUGUCUUUGACGCCUCUUGCCGUACAACAUCUCAAAGGUCACCGUUAGUCAUUAUCUCUAAGAUCAUUCUUCAGGAGUUGUGGCUUUUGAAACUCGACUGGGACGAGUCUGUCCCCCAGAAUUUAAGCCAGUGGAGCAAGUGUUUGGAAUCGCUGAAUUCACUGUCGUCACUAGCGGUACCUCGUUUUUGUUUGCAGCCUGAUACUAGGAGCACUCAAAUACAUGGAUUUUGCGACGCAUCGAUUCGGGCAUACGGCUGCUGUGUUUAUGUGCGCACGGAGAAUUCGCUUGGACAGGUCACAGUGAAAUUGUUCACUUCUAAGUCUAGAGUAGCACCAGUGAAGAAACAGUCUCUUCCGAAGCUUGAACUAUGCGGCGCACAUCUACUUUCUCAGUUGUAUAACAAAGUCAAGGCCAUAUUCAGUAAACACACUAUCACAUCUUAUUUUUGGAGCGACUCACAGCUCGUAUUGCAUUGGUUGCAACAACACUCAGUCACCUUAGCGACCUUUGUUGGAAAUCGAGUGUCCGAUAUUCAGGAUUUAACGUCUGAUGGAAAAUGGCGCUAUGUGCCAACACAUCAAAACCCUGCUGAUAUUCUGUCGCGAGGCUGUAACGUGAGCGAGUUGAUUAAGUCUCCAUGGUUUUCGGGUCCUACGUUUCUAGUCGAAGAUUCACUAAACUGGCCCGCCACUGGUGGAAAACUUGAUAUUGACAUGGACGUGGUUAACUCGGAGAAUCGGAAAAGUUUGUUUGCUGCCGUAAACGAGACAAAUAAUAUCCUCAACAUCGUCGAUAAUAUCAGCUCGUACACUCACAGUCUGCGUCUCAUUGCUUGGAUGAUUAGGUUCAUAAGGAGAUGUCGGAAGCAAUCGACGUUUACCACAACCUCACCGACGCCAGAUGAACUUCGUUUUGCUUCACAUUGCCUUAUUUGGAACAUUCAACAAACUCAUUUUGUAGAGGACAUCCGUUUACUUCAGAAGCAAAAACCAUUAAAAAGCAGCAUUCGAACUUAUCAAGGUUGGUGGACGUUUGGAAUACUCAGACCUACAAGACGGUCAAAAACAUCCGUUGCUGCUGCCUAUUCAGUCCUAAUUUGUAUGGAACUAUAUUCGCCAUUUGCAUCUUCGGAACUAUCACGCUGGACCUAAAGCCCUAGUCGCUCUCAUUCGUUUGGAGUAUUGGAUCGUUAACGCCAGAGACUUGGCACGUAGAAUUGUUCGCUCCUGUGUACACUGCGUUCGGUACAGACCGAAGCUGCUACAACAACUCAUGGGCUCAUUACCGCCUACGGGACUCGCUCCGGCUCGACCCUUUGAACGCUGUGUAGUUGACUUUUGUGGACCCAUCAACACAUAUCUACGCAUUCGAGGAAAGGGACCUACAAAAGCAUACAUAGCCGUGUUCGUUUGCCUUCUCACCAAGGCCGUU